ACCUGCGUGCAGUUCUCGCUGCAUGCACUGUGUACCGACAGCACAGAGCCUUGUCUGCUCUCCGUCUCUGUGGAGGAUGAGUAAAGAAAGGCAAGCUGUGUUCUAAAGUACACAGCUGUCGAUUUAAUUUUAUUUUCAUUUCCCUCUCGUCGAAGACUCGCUCUCGACGGCUUGUUAGGUAGCCGACUACCUACCAGUGACGUGCUGCGGUUGACGUUAGCUUUGUCAGGAACUUUCCAAAACAUACGUUAGCUAACGUGCUGUUAGAGCCCGAGUGUACCUUCGGCGUGUUUUGUUUGAACAGCUGUCAUACGAGAGUUUCGUAGUACUAUCUCCCUGGAUGUUGCGUUUGCCUACGCUUGAACAAAGCUCCAAGAAGAAUUACAGCACUGUCAAGCCAGAUCUACUACUAAACUGAUAUCUGGGUUAGGACAGCUGAAGUGGCAACUUGGAGUCUUCUCACCUGCAUUCAAACACUAAACUGAAUUGAACUGCAAAAUGGAUGGAAUAGGCACCCUGCAGAGCUCAGCCCCAGAGACUAAAGCUGAGCGAAUUGCUCGCUACAAGGCAGAAAGGAGGAGGGAGCUUGCAGAGCGCUAUGGCACCACAGAUGAAUUCACCUCAAAAUAUGUCCGCAGGGACAGGAAAAUUGUUGACACAUCCGACACAGUAUCUUCAGAAACCAAGGAGAAAGGAAAAUAUGAAGAUAAUGGAUCAGAGCAAACCUAUACCAGGAGGGGCCUCAGAAGCAAAGUAACAGAACCUGUGCAGUGCAGUGAUGAGCCUGACCUGGAAAGAGAGGGUACCACUCACCUGAAAACAGGCACAAAUUUAUCCUCCAAGAACACGUCCUCUCAUCUCAGGCUGCUGGAAACUGAUGACACAGAGGAGGAAAAGGUUGAGGAGAAGCCGGUCGACUCAGCCACGAGAACUUCCAAGAUGUCUCUUUAUAAGGACCCAGAGGGAGCGGAUAAUGGAGGCAGCAGUGAACGUGCCAAUCACAAUGCAAAGUGUCAGCUAUUGAGCACCGAUGAAGAAGAAUCCUCUACCAGACUUGCCAAAACUGAUAUAAGCAAGUUAAUGGAUGAGAAAGAGGAAACUGAUGAGCCUUCACUGAAAGAGCAGCAUGAGCAUACUGCCGCUGUGGAAGAAAAGCCUUCCAGUCUUCUUUCUGACAGAACUCUCCCUCUCAGCGAGAACAGAGACUCCUCUCCCCCUCCCUCUCCUCUGGGCCAUCUUUCCUCGCUGCAGCGACAAGACUCGGGGCCUCGAGGCAUCAAGGGAAUCCUAAAGAAAAGCCGCUCCACCAGUGUGGAGUCGGACCACAGCGAGGGAUCGACGCCAGAGUGUGCAUUGGCCCGACAAAGCAGUAUCACCCUCAGCCACCCUGAGAGCGAGGAGGAGGAGGAGGAGGAGGAGGAGGAGGAGUUGGAUCAAGAGGCCAGUGGGGAAAAUGACCGAGAGGACGAGUCAUUAACUGAUGAUAUCACAGACGGAGGGAGCUUCAGUAUCGACAGAAAGCAGACGGAGGGGAGCAGCAGCAGCAGUAGCAGCAGAGGGAGCUUUGAGGAGAUACGGAGUCCCUCGCCUGACGAGAGACUGGAGCAGACGUCCACGGUGUCGGAGGACACCGAGGAGCUGGAUAGCAGCUUGGAUGGAAGCCAUGGCUUGUUACUCAAACAGAGACUGGCAGAGUUCACUGGUGAAUGUGAGAGUAAAGACGGGCUGAAGAAGACCAAACCAGUCGAGCAGAUCCAGACGUCGCUGGCUGAUCGCUUCAGUCAGCUCCAAGAUGCUGAAAAUGCCUGGAAAAAAAAGAAAGCCACUGUAGACAUGGGGGCCAAAAUGUCGCUGGCGGAUAGGAUGAAGAUCCUUAAAGACAAGGAGGAGCAAUGGAAGAACAAAGGCAAAGGAGCAGCCAACGACUCCAUCCAGUUCACUGUGGCUGGACGCAUGGCCAAGAGAGGUCUUGUAUCAGAUACAGGAAAGGAAGAGUCGCCUCUUAUCGCACUCAAAAAGGCUAAUGCCACACCUGUGAAGCCGCACGAAGAUAUCUCCAGUAGAACUGCUGUUAAGGUGGAAGGAGAUAAAAGGCUCGACAAGCUCGAGUCUUUCCUCGACAGGCUCCAUAAUAAAGGCGUGAGCACCAGCAAGCCAUCCACCAUUGAGGUGACAGAAGAAAGGGAGAAAGAAGUGAUGACCCUGGAUGAUGAGGAGACAUUCGGCAACUUUUACAGAUCUGUCUCACCCUCGAUGCUCCAGGACUCCAGCGUGGUUCUGACAGAGGAGGACCUCAGCCAGAUCCAGGCUGAUACACCAAAACUCACCUCAUCUGUAGCAGAACACAAGCGAGCAGUGCGACCAGCCAGAAAGAAUCAGGGCUCCAGGAACCCUCUGCGGGCUCUGGCUGCCCGUAACGACAUCCGGCAGGUCUACACCGAGCAGAGGCUUAACGUAGCCACGGUGGAGACCAAAAGGAUCCAAGUGGAGAGAAUGGCAAAACACUCCAGAACAAACCUGGCCGAUGUGGCCUUGGCGGGUCUUGCCAGCAAGGAGAACUUCCGCAAGGUCAACCUGCGUAGCGUGAAGUCCACCGAUGUUGUGACCAACAACAGUGCACUGCCUUUCAACAAGCUCAUGCUCAUUCGCAUCAAAGGUCGGAGGCACGUCCAGGUGCGCUUGAUGGAGCCCGCAGUCCACUCUCUAAACAGCGGCGACUGCUUCCUUCUCAUAACGCCAAAGCACUGCUUCAUGUGGAGCGGAGAGUUUGCCAACGUCAUAGAAAAAGCUAAGGCAUCGGAAAUGGCGUCGUUUGUUCAGGCCAAGAGGGACCUCGGGUGUAAGGCCCCCCAGGUCACUGUGUUGGAGGAGGGCAUCAACACUGACAGCAGAUGGGCCAAGGAGUUCUGGAGUCUGUUGGGAGGAAAAACCCAAUACAGAGGAGCUGGGGAGCCAGAGGAGGACGAGCUGUAUGAGAGUGGCGUGUUGGACUCUAAUGGUGUGUACAGACUUCAGGGAGACAAACUGGUGCCUCAUGAAGACGCCUGGGCCUCCAUCCCGAGCGUCUCCUUGCUCAACUCUAAAGAGGUCUUAGUGUUUGAUUUUGGCAGUGAAGUGUAUGUCUGGCACGGGAAAGACGUGCCCUUGGGUGAUAGAAAAGUUGCUGUGAAACUGGGCAAACAGCUCUACAGUGGCAGCUACGACUACAGCAACUGCAGAGUGAACCCUUUAGACGCCUCCUGCACAAAUAAAGAUGUGCCUCUGAAGGGGGAGGCGCGUCCGAGCUGGACUCUGUUUGGCCGGCUGUCGGAGCACAAUGAGACGGCCCUGUUCAAAGAGAAGUUCCUGGACUGGGCUGAGAGGAAGAAGGAGGAAGCAGCUCAAGCUGAGGAAGUCAAGAGUCCAGUCCAUUCCAUUGAACGCUCCCCAUUCGACUUGGACCUGCAGCCAUGUGACGCCAAGACCCUGCUGGACAAUGAGCCAGAGCCAGUAAAGACCAUUCUGGAAGGGGUGGACGUCCAACGGGGUUAUGGUAUAGUGAGAGCAGACGAUGGAAGACAGGCAGAGCUGGCGACAGUAGCUGUGGAUGCCUGGCACAUCAAAGAGCACAGUGAGGAGGAACUGCCCCAAGAAAGCCUGGGCCAACUGCAUGAGGGCGACGCCUACAUCAUCCGUUGGACCUACUCUAUCACCACACUUGUGGGCAAGCGGCAGAAACCCGGCGAGCUGAGUGCUGGAGCCCCUGGAAGAGAGAGGACUGCUUGUUUUUUCUGGCAAGGCCGUCACUCCAGCGUCAGUGAGAAAGGCACCUCGGCUCUGAUGACCGUGGAGCUGGGCAGCCACAGGGGGUCACAAGUGUUGGUGAGUGAAGGUAAAGAGCCUCCGUGCUUCUUGCAGCUCUUCCAGGGAGGGUUGAUCAUCCACAAGGGCAGUAGAGAAGGCAAUGCCAACAUCACAGCCGGUUGGAGGUUGUUUGUUGUCCGUGGGGAAGCAGAGGUGGAGGCCUCGCUGGUGGAGGUCGACUGCCAGCAUGCCAGUCUGCGCUCUCGUGCCAGCCUGGUGCUUCUUAAUGCUCAGAAAGGCCGUCUCUACUUGUGGCACGGCUGUAAAGCACAUGUCAGUGCCAGGCAGGUGGCCAAAAGAGCUGCGGACCAAGUAAUCCAGAGGUGUCCUUCAGAGUUAGGCCUGAGCAGCACCAGCACCUUGAACUUGGAGGUGGUGGAGGAAGGAUCUGAACAUGCAGAGUUCCUAAAGGCUCUGGGCCCGCAGGACAAGAAGGCCUACGACUGUAUGCUGCAAGAUCCAGGAAAGUACAACUACACUCCCCGGCUGUUCUGGCUGAGUGCCACCUCCGGGGUGUUCGAAGGGGAGGAGCAACUCUAUCCAGCCAGGGUGACAGAGGAGAUCAUGGCGAUGCCCUUCCUGCAGGAGAACCUCUACUCUGCGCAGCAGCCAGCUCUUUUCCUGUUGGAUAACCGAAUGGAGGUGUACCUGUGGCAGGGCUGGCAGCCUGAAGAUGCGCAGUGUACCGGCUCUGCAAAGAUUCGCUGGAACAACGAGAGGAAGUGUGCCAUGGAGACAGUGCUGCAGUACUGCAAAGAGAAGAACCCUCGGCGCCCUCCUCUGGCUUACCUGAUCCUAGCAGGCUGUGAACCUCUCACCUUCACCAACAUCUUCCCAUACUGGGAGAGGGACCCCAGUGUCGCUUCAAAGGCCGAGAGCUCCAAGAACAAAGUGAUGUUAGUGAAGGAGGCUCUGUCUAAGCUCAGUAAACAACAGUACUCCAUCGAGGAGCUGACCAGGAAGCCGCCACCAGAGGGAGUGGACCCCCUGCGCCUGGAGGAUUACCUGUCUGACCAGGACUUCAAGACGCUUCUCGAGAUGAGUCGAGUUGAGUUCAACGCUCUGCCAAACUGGAAGCAAAAGAACCUGAAGAAAAGCAAGGGCUUGUUUUAAAACACAUCUGUUUGUACACAAAGCUGCCUGUUUUUAUGGUCUCCGCAGUUUUAUUCCUUUUUUUUUUUUUUUUUCAUUCCAGGAAUAAAAAAAAUCAUUUUGUAAAGGAUAAAGAAAAGCAAAUGUACAAUUUUGUUCAAAUGUUGAUCUACAGUAUUUUUAAUAACAGUGCCAUUGUUAAUGUGUCAUUGAAAUAUUUUAGCCUGCCAUUAUGUGCAAUUGAUAAUCUUUUUGAUGGCAAAAUAUUUUUCGUGUAUGGUAAAAAAAAAAAAAAUAGUUACCCUCAACUUAUAAAUAUGUAAUAUACUAUAAAUGAAUGUGUUUUUAUGUUACACCAGAUGCUCAGCUUCUGCGUGAGAAUGUGUUUGUAUAAAAAAUUGUCUGUGGUUUUAAAACUGGGGGGCUUAAUUGAUCUUUUUUUUAUAUAUAUAUAUAUAUAUAUAUUUCAUGGGAAAAAAAGCCAGCAAAAUGUGAUGGGAUUAUCAUGACAAAGAAAAGAAGCAAAACAAAUCAAAGUUCAGAGAACAAUCCCAGGAUCUGUGGAACGUUUGAAAGAAACGUGUGGUCUCAAACUCCAAAGAAAAUUGAAAUGUGUUAAUUCUGACUUUGCAACCAUUACAGCCCAUCAUAUAUACUGACCUAUAAUAUUUUGGUACUGAAUACUUCCUGGCAGGGAAACCAUCUGAUCAAAUGUUUUUAUUUUUUGUUUUUUUGUUUGUUUUUUUUUUUUUACCAGUCUUCUUGUCUUGCUAUAAAUGUUUUUUGUGAAUUUCUGUGUCUGUGCAUAAGAGUGUAAAUGUGCAACUUUAAAAGUAUUAAGUGUGUGUGUGUGUGUGUGUGAGAGAGAGAGACAGUGAGAGAGUAACUGUGCUGUAUAAACUGCCUUUAAAACUGUAGCUGACGCCACUAAUGUAUACUGCACAAUGUGUGCAUGUUUUGUGUUCAACAUACUGUCUGCGGUGGUUGAAUUAGGAAAUUCUCUGCAUGAUGUUCACAAAAAAACUUCUGCCUAACAAUCACAUAUUAAUUUGUCCUGAUGUGCAUCUUUUUUUUGUGAUAUCUGGAAGCGAGCCUCCAGGCAAGCCCGUAUUUCAUGGCAUAUAAAAGUAAACGUUGGUGGUGGGGAAAGUGAGAUAUUAAUGCUCAAGAUUCCCUUUUCAAUAAAGUAUUUUUAAAAAUG